AUUGAAGUUAGAGAGCUCUGAUGGCGCGUGUGAGGCUGGUCCAUGUGCGCGACGUGGCACGUCUGACUCGACACCUCCUGGAGGUGUCACCUGAGAUGGACUACCACCUGGCAGUGGACCGAGGCGACGUCACACAGAAGUCCUUGAUCCAAGCAGUGGCGAAGCAGUUUCAGUUGCCCUACGAGCCUGCUUCUGUGACGGUCGCAGAGGCGGUCUUAGCGGAGAUGGCAGACAUCCUCACCAUGAACUUGCGCAUGGAGCCGAGUCCGAUCAUGGAGGUUCCGUGGCAGCCGCCCCCAGAGGAGGAUCCCGAAGCAGAGAGGAAGGAGCGAGAGGCCAAGGAAGCCGAGGCGGCGAGAGAAGCUUCCAAGUCCUCCUUGCUCAUCCCUGAGGCGAAGAAGAAGCUGCGCCCGGGCUCAGCGGCGUCGAGCACGCCGCCCCCACCGCCCCCGGAGGAGCUGGAGGUGAAAGAGGAUGAGCCAGGGCCACAGCUGGACGUGACCCCUGGCUUCCGGUGGUGGAGCGAGGCUGGGAUUGUGGAGAACAUUGCUCAGGUCGCCACGGAGUUCCUCCGCUGGCGCCAGCUGGUGCCGGUGAAGCUUUGUGUGGCUGGACCUCCUAGCAGUGGCAGCUUGCAGCUUUGCCACCAGCUGGCGGAGAAGUACCGCCUGCCAGCCGUGGUGCUGGAGGAGGUUGUGCAGGAUUUCGCCGGCCGGGACUCGCCUUUGGGGCUGCAGCUGAAAGAGCAGUUGGACCUGGUCGCCGCGAACGCCGCCAACCCAAAGAGCCAGGGGCCCUUCACCCUGCCGGGACCUUUGCUGGCGCAAGUUAUGGCAGCAGCCAUGGCAGAGAAGCCAGGCUUACAUCGGGGCUGGGUCAUUGGCGGUUUCCCGAUGACGACAGAGGAGGCAGUCAACUUCUUUGCCGACAUGCCCGUCCCAGCGGAGCCGCCCAAGAAGGGCAAGGAGGCGGAGCUCGUCCUAGACGACUUAAAGUUUAAGGAGCACAUGGCGCCGGAUCUGCUGGUGGUGGUGCAAAGCGCGGAGGAGGUCUGCCAAGCUCGGGCUAAUGCAUCGGAGAGCAAGCCCUACGUGGAGAAGGAGUUUGUAGCCACCAUGGACCAGUGGAAGAAGGACAAGGACGCGCUGCCGGAGCUCUUCGGCAAGAUGGGCGCUGAGCCUGUCACCGUGAGCGCGGACCUUGCGGCGGAGGCGGAGAGGCAAAAGCACGAGGCGGAUGUGAAGGCGGCAGAGGAGGAGGAGCGGGAAGUGCCGCCCCUGGAUGAGAGUGACCUGGUGGUUCUUGCAUCCAGCAGCUGGUCCUGGCUAGAGGGCGCCACUGCCAAGGUCUCCUCAGCUUUGGAGGGGCGGCGCCCCGUCUUCAACUUUCUGGCUCCCACGGUGGAGUCCCCCGAGCCGUCCAAGGUGGAGUCUGUGGUGGAGGAGGUGGUCAACGAAGCCCCCAAUGAGGAGAAGCUACGCGCGGAGCAGCGGGUGGAACACGUGAAGAAGGAGGAGUUGGCUCGCCUGGAGAAGCACUCAGAGCCUUUGAGGCUUUAUCUCAUGAAGUUCGUGGUACCUGCGUUGACCGGAGCGCUGGUGGAAGUCUGCCACGAGCAGCCGGAGGAUCCCGUGGGGUAUUUGGCAGAGUACCUCGCCCUCUAUGCCGAGGUCUCCAAAGAGCGGCGGGCGGAGUCCAGGUGAGCAACCUGAGCGGCGCAGCUGUUUCACCCUGUCGGAGUUGGGUGCGAUCAAAAGCC